AUGGAGAAACUUGAUAAGACGAAGGUCAAGGUUCUUGAGAAGACUUCAAAUGACGAUAGUUCAGAAACCACUGGAACCAAUGCUGCAUCAACUGAGGCUCUCCGAGAAAUUCUUGAGCAGGUUCGCACAUUCUCGAAGCUAGAAGCACUGUUGCUGAAGAAAAAAUCAUUAAGAAAUGGUGAUUCCCUUCAACACCACAAUGAGAAAGUUGAUAAACUGAAAGUUCUGUCAGAAUCUUUACUCAAUUCUACCUCGAAAGAAGAAAAACGAAUAGUGGAUCAUAGGAGCCAGAAGGAAGAAGCUCUUAGCUACCGACUUUCCAAAACUGAUGAAGUCAGCCAGCGGGAAAAGGAUGUAGCUGCAGAAUUAAAAAACCUUGAGAUUAAGAAGGAAGAUCUUGAAGCUGAGCUGAAGAAGGUUAACACCUCAAUAACGUCUGCCCGGGCUCGCCUUCACAAUGCUAGAGAAGAAAGAGAGCAGUUCGAUAAUGCAAGUAAUGAAAUACUUAUGCACCUGAAGUCAAAGGAAGACGAGCUAACUCGCUCGAUAUGUUCGUGCCGAGUAGAGGCGGAUGUUGUAAAUAAGUGGAUCAAGUUUUUGGAAGAUACCUGGAUUAUCCAGUCUAAAUUUGCUCAACAAAAGGAAAUACAAGUGAGUGGGGAGAUGGAGAGAUAUGGUGACCAUUUCAUCGACCUGAUUGUUCAACUCCUCUCUUUCUAUAAGGAACAAUUGGAUCCUUCUAUACCCAAGAUCAGAGGACUGGUCGAACUGUUGGAACCAAGUAAAGGGUUAGAAUCAGAAAAAAAGACAGAAGAUAAGGAUACAAAGCCAAUCGAUUCAAGAAAAAAACUUGAGAAGGAGUAUCUGGAUCUCGAAGCUAAGUUUGUAACAACCUUAAGUGUGGUGGAUGCGAUGAAAAAGCCAUUCUAUUCGCAAACGGAAGGUAUCUCCAGGCAAGACGAUAAAAGAGUUAAAGAGCUAUUUGAGGCAUUAGACAAAACAAAAGAAGAGUUUGAGUCUAUCGAACGCCCGCUUCUAGAUAUUGAGUCUCCUUCAAGAACCUCUUCCUCUUCACGCUCUCCAUCCCUGAAAAUGAUACCCGAGGUUCCACUUUCUUUCACAGUCCAGAAAGAAUUUGAUGAUGUCGAAACUCCAGACAGUAGAAAAGGGUCUUCAGAGAAGGAAGACCCGGCAAAGAAACAGCUGGAGAUGGAACUGGACGAUGGAGAAGAGUCCUUGGCAGAUGAAAUCAAUGACUGGGAAUUCGAUGCUCUUGAUGACACUCACCUCAAAAACCAAUAG